CAAAUGGACGUAUCCAUACUUCGACUGUGGUGGUGGUGACAUCUGGAUGGUGUCCUACACAUCGGCCGCCCUCUCAAUUGGUCCACUGGGACUGCCAGUGUUUCAAGGUACGAUUACAAUGGAUAUAGAACUGACCCACAUUGACAUCAACCAAUGUGACACACAAGGUCAUGAUAUUUUACAUGAGUUCAGUAACACGCAUAACUGCCGACCUACAACGAAGUGUGUGCCUGUAUUAGACCAAGGUUUUAAACGUGGCGCAUACCUGUGUGUUUGUCAAGACGGCUACUACUUCCCGGACCCAACGGCAGAAGUCAAAGCUUACAAUGGCACCGUCGUCGAAGAAUACAGCCACUUGAAAAACGCGUCCGAUAUAGCCUCACGAUUUAAAUGUUUGCCGUGCUCCAGGGGCUGCCGUACCUGUGUUGAUUCGUCACCGUGUAUGUUCCAGAACAACUACAUUAUCAGAAACACCGUCGUGUGCAUGAUCGUCUUCAUGAUCAUUGCUUGUUGCUGCAUCUCACUCGUUGUUCUAAAAUACAAUAAGGAAAAGAUAAUUAAGAUGGCCAGUCCAGUGUUUCUUCACCUCAUGUGUCUCGGAGCGAUCAUCAUGUGCUGCCAUGUGUUGGUUUUAUACCCAGAAGCGACAAACGAGCUAUGCAUCGCUGACGUGUGGAUGUUUCACACUGGAUUUGCAAUUAUGUACGGAGCUCUCUUUAUAAAAACAUGGAGGUUGGUUUAAUUAAUUUAUUCUAAU